AUGGGCGACGUUGAUGCUCCGGCUCCGAUUCAAGAUCCCGCCGAGGCGUCCUCGAGUGUGAGCGAGGUCAAGAAGAAAAAGAAGAAGCGUAGGGCCGCAGAGGAGCCCGCAGAGGGCGAGGAACGCGCGACUUGCCUCGGGAAGCAGAAGAAGAGGAAGGAUCGGGAGGCUGCCGUGGAGGCGGGCGAGGACGCAGGCCCCAGCGAGCGGAGGGAUAAGAAGAAGAAGCGGGACAAGACCGCGCCCGAACCCCCUGCUGAGGAGGAAGGAACAAAUGAGAAGGCGACUUCGUCUCCUUCCAGCGCGCCUUCGCAGUCCGAGAUCGACGCCUUCCUCUCGGAGCAUGCGAUUAAGAUUCACGCCUCCGAGGGCCCUUCACCCCCCACUCCCAUACUGACUUUUGACCAGCUGGAUAUCCCAUCGAGCUUGCGCUCGGCGUUGGCUGGGUUUAAGGAGCCCACACCGAUUCAGGCGUGUACGUGGCCUCCAGCGUUGCAGGGGCUGGACGUGGUAGGUAUCGCAGAGACGGGCAGCGGCAAGACGCUCGCGUUCGGCCUCCCCGCCCUCGCGCACCUCACCUCCAAAUCUAAGUCUAAGUCAAAAAAGAAAGAGAAAGAAAACGGCGUGAGCGUCCUCGUGCUCGCGCCGACGCGCGAGCUUGCGAUCCAGACACACGAGACACUCCUCGCGCUCGGCGCGCCCUUCGGCGUCGCGAGCGUCGCGCUCUUCGGCGGCGUCGACAAGGGCCCGCAGGUCAAGACGCUGCGGAACUUGAACAAGGACGGGAAGACGACACGGAUUGUGGUUGGCACCCCCGGACGGAUAUUGGAUUUGGUGAAUGACGGUGCGUGUGAUUUGAGCGGGGUGGAUUAUCUGGUCUUGGACGAAGCGGAUAGGAUGCUGGAUAAGGGCUUUGAGAAUGAUAUCCGGUCCAUCAUCUCGCAUACGAAGCAAGGGUCGGAGCGGCAGACGUUAAUGUUUAGCGCUACGUGGCCCGAAGCCGUCCGGAGAUUAGCCAGCACAUUCCAACAGAAUCCCGUUCGGGUUACGGUUGGGAGUGACGAUCUGACUGCCAACAGUAGGGUGGAACAAGUCGUCGAGGUGUUUGACAACCCUCGGGACAAGGACUACCGGCUAACGGCUACUCUACGGGCUGCCUCGCACAAAAAGCACGCUGAGCCUGGGUCAGAAGAGUCACGCAUCCUCGUCUUCGCCCUCUACAAAAAGGAAGCAUCCCGGGUCGAGCAGACCCUCCGUCGGCAGGGCUACUCCGUCGGCGCACUGCACGGGGACAUGUCACAAAGCGCACGCAUGGAAGCCCUUGAGAACUUCAAGACGGGCAAGACGGGCCUGCUCGUUGCCACGGACGUCGCCGCGCGCGGGCUGGACAUCCCCAACGUCGGCCUGGUCAUCAACUACACAUUCCCCCUGACUAUCGAGGAUUACAUCCACCGCAUCGGCCGGACAGGUCGUGGUGGGCGGAGCGGCAAGUCGGUUACUUUCUUCACCGGCGAGGGCCACGAGCGGGCGCUGGCUGGCGAGCUCGCGCGUGUGUUGAGGGAGAGCGGGUUUGAGGCGCCGGGUCUGUCCAAGUUCCCAAUGACGAUCAAGAAGAAAACGCACGGUGCCUACGGGGCGUUCUUUCGCGACGACAUUGCUGCGCCUGCUGCCCCGACUAAGAUCAAGUUCUGA